CAGCAUCAUCCACCCAGACUGGGAGGAGGAGGAGGGGGAGGACAGACAGCGUGAUCGUCCCUCCAACAGACAGAGGUGGAAGGAAAGUGGGAAUAAGAGACAGACGUGAGGGGGGAGAAGAGGAGCACAAUGAAGGAGUGCCAUUGUGGACACUGGCAGCACUGCCAUUUCACCAUCUGCUGAAAGAGAGAGAGAGAGAGAGAAAGAGAGAGAGAGAGAGAGAGAGAGAGAGAGGCAAAGGAGGAAAGAGAAGAGGAGGCAGCCAAACUGAGGGGAGCAUAGAUGGAGAGGAGCUGCCGGCAGUGACUUUGUGAAUUAAUCGAGCGGAAGAGCGGAUCAGAGGAGAAGCACGUUUUUCAGGGAGUGGACGGACGGAGCGCCAGAAAGAGGAAGGAGAGGACGGAUGACCGGACAGUCUCUGGCUGUUUAAAAAUUAAUGUGCUGCUCAUGUGAAUUUGGAGCCCAGCUUUAGCUAGAUCACCAUGGAUUAUCAACUGUAUGCUUUUUAAACCAAAAAAGAGGAACUGGUUAUGAUUUAUCAUUCAUGUGAAAAAAAAAAGAAAGAACUCUUUGAGAAAUUGAUUAGACUCACUUUCUACAGAAGAGUUUGAAUUACUUUCUUGUGUUUUUUGUAAAUAUAGACUCUUUGUGACUUUUGAUUUUCUAUUCUUAAAAAAAAAAGAUCUUCUCAGCAGGAUGAUGUACAAUCAUUAUCUUUGUGAGCUGCUGCACUGAAUAUUCAGGUUGUUUUUAUGCAAGUUUUCUAAACAUCAGUGUUGUCUUUUAGGAGUAAAUGUUCAGUGUUGUUGUUGUUUAUACUGUUACUUGGAAAGUGAUUUGUUCUUAAAAAAAAAAAAAGUAAAAAGAUCAGACUUAAACCUUUACAUGCCCUUGUUGGAGUCAGUGCAUGCAGCCAACAUGGGAUAUCAACAUUGAUUGGGUUUUUAUGGCCGGCGCGACGUCGCUCAAACUUUGAUCAUUUCCUGAAACCUAUUGAUCGGUGUAAAGUCUGUUGUUUUUCUUCCCUGAGUUCAGAAGACGCUCCGACAAGGGGCCUUUGAUGCAGUGACUAAUUGCUCCUGUGUUAUUUGACAGAGCAUUUAUCUCUUUGUCUAAAGAUUUCUGCAUUUGUCGGGACUUCUCUCCGCGCAGAUCCUCCGCAGGCAUCUCUUUUAAUGUCUGUUGCCAUAGCAACGGGCGGCAGCUGCAGACGAAGCAAGAUGUAAAGUUCUUUUCUCUUUUCUUAUCUUCUAAACUGGUGCUGUUUCAUUAGAUAAUUGGGUGAAUUUGGCUGAUUAGAGGCUGUAGUCUUCAUCAGCUGUUAUUUGUGUGCAGUUUUUUUGGACUUUCCUUCUUAAACAGGGUGUUUUCUUUCUUCUUCACCAGACAGUCUUUGUCUCAGCGCAGCUCGGCAGUCACCGAGAAUCAGGGUUGUUUCAGGUCACCUGUCUCCCCCCACCCACCCUCAAUUCUGCGCGUUGGUCUAGUAGCGUCGACUCAGCCUUGUUUGUCCUGAGCUCACCUUUUAUCAAUGGCCAUCUUUAUCAGUCAAGCUGAUGUGCCAUUGCCAGGACUGACUGAAGAAAUGAGAUUAUCGUACUAAUUUCACUUGUACAUAUCACUCUGUGCAGCUGCUUGGCCUCCAGGCCUCUAAUUACUGAUCAUUAAGUGUGCUUUUUUUGAGACAGUGACUUCCUUUAGCUGUCUCUGUGUGGGUGACUCAGGAUUUCUCCUCAUGUAGAGGGUCACCUCCUCUGCAGUCACCUGACCUACACUGUGUUCUGUGCACUUAAAUACCCCCGGGCAGUGAGGGUUAACUCUGCUGAUAGAGCAUUUCAGACCCCCUGCGUAUGAGAACACACCUGGAUUUUCUCUUUGUGCUAAAACCUUCAUUUCUUUUGGAUUUCUUGCCUUUUUAAGAGAUUGAGAUUCUUACGAUUCUCAAAACUAAGACUUAGUAGUUUUAUUACAGAAGCAACAGACUGUUGUGUUUGUUUUGCAUGCUCUUGCUCAUGCAUGAUUAUCCAGAUACUGGGUGUCUUUUGUGACUUUUCCAGCCAUAAUUCUUUACAGCGUUCUGGAAACCAUCCCAGCCUGUCUGGCUGUGUGUGAGUCUGACUGGAUCCUCUAUGGUGCUUUUUGGUCAAGACCAGAUGGAUGCCUAGCUAGAAUUGCUAGACAAUCCUUCUGUGGUGCUAGACUGGUGUAGGCGACUGUUCCUUUGCCAUGCAUGCAGCGCCCACUACAAGCUGGCCCUGCUGUACUUCAGUCACAGUUAAGUUCUGAAUGUUAGCGUGUGGAAAAAAAAAUCAACCCUUUCACUUGACAUCACUGGAGCUUUGGUGCCAAAUUUACAACCUUGUGUAAGCGGUCUAGGGCGAGGCGUGUGCAAACUUUGCUCUCCCUUGAGCGGGUAAAGGUCAGCAGGUUGUAAAUAUGACGAGUGCCUCUACAGCACUGAGUUUUAGACCAGCAAGUUUAGUGCAGCACUGCAGGUGUAGCUUCGUCUCAGUCUGAGGUCAAACUCCCGCUAACGGUUUUGUUCGUGGGACCCUGCGAGAGACUGUUAAUGUCAACAGACUGUUGUUUGCCUUCUAGGUUGGACUAUGCAGAAAACAAGAUGUUAUGUAGUGACCGUGUGGUAGCUUGUUGUAAAACUGAAAGCUCGCCUGCUGCUUGAAAAGCCCUGCCUUAGAUAAGAAAGGAAACGGUUCCAGUACUUGGCUUGUUCAUAUCAUAUGGGACUAGUGUCAACACUGUUCUCUCAGGUAACUGAUUACAUUCUGGGCUUGUUACUUAUACCAGAAAGUAACAUAGUAACAGGGUGAGAGAAAGAGGGCAUAGAGAGACCAGCAUCACAACAGAGUGCGGUUUCAAUGUGAGCAUUUCCAGCUGGGUGAGUGAGUUCACGUUCAACUCUGCUGAGCCUCCAGCACCAUUCAGGGAACCCUGGGUAGGGAGUUCAAACCAGACCAAUCAGGUCUCAUUACCAUCACAACAAACCCACCGGUAGUCGUCAUCAGCUGAUGACCUACAUUCUCCAGAGUUACAUCACCACGUGCUACUGCAGUGUACAUUACUGUAUCAGAUACAGACCACAUCUCAGAAUAACCCGACCACUUUCUAAUGGUGCUUCAAUAAAAAAAAUAUAUACACAAGGUGGUUUCAGUUUUAGGGAUCACACUUGAAACAGGGCCGCCUCUCUUGUUUUAGCUAUAUCAGGAACUUCAGUCAGGAACGGGCCCAAUUAGGCGGCUCCGGUCUUAAGUAUUUACUUUCUUCUUUCUGAUUUCUACUGGUGUCUAAAUAGGUAGCCAUGCCUAACCUCUAGCCAUCCCUUAUCUGUAAAGUCAGAGGGUCAGACAGACAGGGCUCACAUUUUUAUAUAUUAGGGACUGUUAAACAGGACAGCCUGGAGAACGGGCGAGCACUCGAGGGAGGGGGCGAGGGGGAGCGAGAGAUCAUCUGGAAGAGGAGAGAGGAAGUGGUGGCUCGGGAGAGGGCGGAGGCGUUAGAGAGACAGAGGUUGGCCGACUACAUUGUGUGGAGGAAGAGAGAGGACUUCCAGGAGAAGCGAGGAGACAGAGAGAAGGGAGGAAAGAGUGCAGAGAAAGGGAGCCAGUCUGUGCCAGAAGUCAUCUGGAAGAGGAGAGAAGACGAGGAAGGUGGAGACGCAGGGAGGGAGAGAGCUAGGGCCAUUCAGAGAGGACAUGAAACCAUUUGGAGGAAGAGGGAGAGGGAGUAAAAGUGGAAUCCGGUGAGAGAUUUGAGAGAACAGCGCUCCUGAGAAGUUGGUGUUAAGAAAGCGUGCUGCGUUGGAUUUUAGCCAUACAUCAGUAAGCCGCCUCUCUCUUCUUUAGCAGUUGUGGGCUUCACUGAGCUCUGCAGGUGCUCGCUGUGGUAUCAACCAAUCAGAGCUGUUUGUUGUGUAUGUGUGCUGCUGCCGUGUUGGUGUGUGCGACCCCCUCGUUGGCUGCUAAUAGGAUUUUUAUGGGCCCAUGUGAAGGAGGAUAGAGCUGCCAAGGGGAGCUGCUUCACACAUGCACGCAUGUGUGCACACCAACACACGUACACACAAAGAGAUCAUCUAAGAAGCAUUGUGGGCAGGGAAGGUUUAAUACCGCCUCACAUGCAUGUAAACACAUCACGUAUAAGUGCAGUAAGACGUGCAUGCGAGGCGGCGUUGAGAGACAAUCACUUGUGUUGAUUCUCCAUGGUGCUGGCGACAGCUGGAUAACUGGCCCACACUAACAGGCUGUUAAAGUGGAGCAAGAUACUCACAGAUACUGUCUUACAUUACGUCAUAAAGACCAAGAUGAACCUUCUAUGGAGAGCUAAAACCAUCAUCAGUCCCCUGGAACACAAUGAACAUUAAAGCAGAUUUAAAAAAAGAACUGAAGACAACAUGAUCUGCACUGGUGCACUAGAAACAUACUUUUUUCAUCUGCAUCACGCCAUUGACUGGGACACCCCACUUUUUCCUCGCACCUUUUCUCAUCCUGCUGUCAUUGUGGGUAAAGUUCUUGAUGCAGUUUGGUUUCGGCCGCCUGGUAAUGAGUGGAGGACAGACAACCAGACAGAUGGAUGCAGCUCCUACGCUGAGAGAGACAGACAGAUGGCUGUAUGUCCUUUUAGAGAAAAACGUUGAAUACUAAGACAAAGACACUUUGAUUGAAUCACUAGAGCCUGUGUGGACUUCUGCGGUUUGAAAAAAAACUGACACUGCAGUUUCAUUAUGGAGCUUGUCCCAAAAACCAAGUACACCCACUUUCGGAGUGAAUCGCUGAGCUCGACUGAUGAAACAAACUCCAAUCCAUCAUCAUUCCCUCCGUCCAGUCCUGCCACCCCCCUCACUCCCUCCCCUGGUCUACCUUCCUCUCUCUCCUCCUCGUCUCUUACUCCCAUCUUGCCCCCCUCCUCUCCUCGCCCAGCUGAGAAUAGCCCCACCACCCUCUGCUCCUUCUUUCCCAGGAUGGGAUCCCUUCGCCUGGGUGUCUCUGCCACUCUACUGCCUGGACUCAGGGCCUCAAACAGGCCGCUGCAGCCUCAGGCACCCCUGGAGUCCUCUGGGGAUGAUAGGAGCAGCUCUAGCUCCUCCCCACCUCUCCAUCACCCGGUUCUCAAACUAACUGCUCCUUCUCCUCCUCCUCGACCUCCCCUACAGGAUAUGAACCGGCUGGGAGGGGUGUCCAGGAGGGCACGGGUGGAAGGAGGGCAACUGGGAGGAGACGAGUGGACGCGCCAUGGCUCCUUUGUCAACAAGCCCACCCGCGGCUGGCUGCACUCAGACGGUGUGGUCAGCACCGCCGGUGUAUCCUACUCUGUACGGUACAUGGGUUGCGUGGAGGUCCUCCAGUCAAUGCGAGCGCUGGACUUCAACACCAGAACUCAGGUCACCAGGGAAGCUAUCUCUGUGGUGUGUGAGGCAGUGCCCGGAGCCAAAGGAGCCCAGCGCAGGAGAAAGCCUUCCUCUCGCUGCCUGACGUCCAUCCUGGGGAAAAGCAACCUGCAGUUUGCUGGCAUGACAAUCAGCCUGACCAUCUCCACCAGCAGCCUCAACCUGCUGGCCUCAGACUGCAAACAGAUAAUCGCCAACCAUCACAUGCAGUCCAUCUCCUUCGCUUCUGGAGGAGACCCAGAUACAGCCGAGUAUGUAGCAUAUGUGGCCAAAGACCCAGUCAACCAGAGAGCAUGUCACAUCCUGGAGUGCUCAGAGGGCCUAGCCCAAGAAGUAAUCAGUACCAUCGGUCAGGCCUUUGAACUACGCUUCAAGCAGUACCUAAAGAACCCUCCCAAACUGGUCACACCACAUGACAGAAUGGCUCCGUUUGACGGCUCUGCAUGGGAGGAAGAAGAUGAUGAGGCUGCACCACCCCCUGACGUCCCGUACUAUAAUAAUUUCCCAGGAAAACAGCCUCCCCCUGGUGGCCUGGUCGACAUGAGGACCCGCCCAGGAGCCACGCUGCCUUACGGACAGCCAGGUCAGAAUGACAUUCACAAGCAGCCUCUGCCUCCUCUGCCAGUGGGUGCCAAAGAAGGAGGACGGGAACUGUUUGAUGACCCUUCAUACGUCAAUGUGGAUAAACCCCGCCUCCCUGUUGUAGCUAAUGGAAAUGCUCACAGAGAUGCUUUUGACAUGAAGCCAUUUGAUGAUGCUCUGGGGGUCUCUGGGCACAGUGGCCCGAGCUCAGCGGCAGCAGCGCCUCCUCUGGUGCAGCAGCUGCAGUGUGAGACCUGGUUUCAUGGAAGCUUAAGUCGCAGAGAGGCAGAGAGGCUGUUGACCCGCGAUGGAGACUUCCUGGUGAGGGAGUCUGGGACCACGCCGGGGCAGUAUGUCCUCACGGGACAGCAGGGGGGUCAGGCCAAACACCUGCUGCUCGUGGAUCCAGAGGGAGUGGUCCGCACUAAAGACCAUCGGUUUGAAAGCGUGAGUCACCUCAUCAGUUACCACAUGGACAACAGACUACCCAUUGUGUCGGCUGGUAGUGAAGUAUGUCUGCAGCAGCCAGUAGAGCGCAGGGCCUGACGCUACACACCCCAAUGAAAUACUCCACCAAAUAAACACACACACUCCCACAGCCAUUUUACACAAGAACAAACACAUCCUCAUAUGCUCAUUUACACAAAGCAACACUACACUUUACAUAAUCAGGAAUACAAAUGCACAAAUCAUCAGAGGAAGCCAAAAAAAGAAGAAGAAAAAAAAUUACAUUUUCUCUGCAAAAUCACUCUCAUGCUGCUGUUGCUACGUAUUUCUGUCCUUUCUGAAACUGAAAUGAACUGAAACUGUGACCUGCAGUCCUCUACUCCAACAAAUAUCAGGCGCAUCCCCCUCCCCACGACGGAGAAGCACUGCUGCAAUCUCUAAACAGCCUACUGUGAACCAGGGAGGAGCCCUGUGCUCAUUUCAGGACAGGGCAGAAAAAAAAUGCAAUUUUUUUUUUUAAAGAAAACAAAAUCCUAUCGUGCGAUAAUGAAAAAAAAGACAUUUUACUAACACGUGGAACCAUGUACAAAAAAGUAUGGAACUGAUAAGUGAAGAAAAGGAGGAUACAUGGAACACUGAAUGAGAAUUAAGUGCGAUUGAGCAUUUGUUCUUACUCUUGGGGGAUUGAUUUUUCUUCUCCCAGACUGUUGCUGGAGCAUAUCAGGCAUAGAAAAAAAAAAAAGAACUGAACUGAACAGUUUGAUUGUUCUUUAUUUGAAAGACUGAACCAGGCUCAAACAUAAACACUCCCUUCAUGUGUCACUGGAGCACUUCAGCUGCAAACCUGGCUUAUAACCCAGCCUGGAGAAUAUGCAUUAAAAAACAAAGUUUGCUUCCAACCUUAAUCAGGAGCGCCACCCUAACCCCCAUCCAUUUCCCCUUCGAUGGACCUUCGACCCCUGGAGUGACAGCUGAUGCAAACCUGGGGGACUGCUAUGCCAAUGAUCAUAUUAUAUAUUUGUUUUGUUUAAUUUCUGUUAUCUUGGGACUCAUUACUCAUUGGACAUUCUGAGUUCAGGAGAAUCCAAGCAGCUGUAACUCCCUAAUCCCUCUGUAAACAUGGAUACACCUUUACAACACACAUGGUCUGCACCACCUGUCAUGCCAAAGAAUAUGAACUUGGUCGCUAACAGAGAAAGCCAUGACAAAUAUGACAGUGAUCUGUUUUUGCGUGCUAACAGCAUCAGGAACAUAUUAAGAAAGCAGGAAUAAAAAAUAAGACUGUUUAAGAGGGGAGUACAUCAUAAAAAAAGAAGUAAAGUGAGCGUUGAUGUCGCCUUUCAACACAAUGUCUAGCACUAUUGAGAGGGAUAGAUAGAGCAGAUCAAAGACCUGUUGCUUCACGUUGAAUCCUUUAUAGUUGUUUGCAUUGACAAUCCAUGGGUUCUAUCUUUCGAGUCUUGUGAUGUGAAAGCAAAGGAGGGUAAGUAAACGAGACCCCUUUAAACGGUGGGCUGAGCCUUUGUACAGGUCGUGUUGUUUGAACUGGAUGUGUGGAAGUGAUUCUGGUCACAGAAUCAGGACAAGAGAGGGGAGUCACAGUUGAAGAGGUUUGUUUCGUGAAAGUGGGCUAACGAAUAAUGGCAACUUUCGAAAAAGGAGCGCAAGUCAGCUGUGUGUAUGUAAUCUGAGGUGUGAAAGGGGGGAAGUAAAUGAAUAUAUAUGUAAUAAUAUAAUGUACAUAAACACAAACAAUAAGUCAUCGUCUUACAAAGAGGGGUUUUAACUUUGACCUAACUAGCGCAACAAUUCUAACGAAAGCAGACGUUUGAAUAAGUCUGGGCACAGUAAGCUAAUGAAUGCAAACAAAGUGAAUUUAAAUGACACAAACAAACGUUGUGCUUGUUAAUGCACUAACAGAAAAAAACUUUCUGAAACUGCUCCUGUUUCAAAGUGGCCUAUAGUUGUCCGCCUGCUAUCAUGAUAUAAUGUCCUUUGAAUCCUCUUUUCUGUCGUGAUUCUCUAACCGGUAGCAUUUCCAUAUAUUCUGACUUUAAACAUAUGAACUUUCAAAAAUGCUCUGCCUUUAUUACAGUGGCCAAUGAGAAAUGUUGGAACAGUCUAAGCAAUGAAUUUCCAUCCGCAAAAAUGAUGCAAAGUGUGUCGUAGAAACUGGUUAUAUAAUGUUUGUGUACAGUGAUGUUGCUUUAUUUUUUAAUAACUUGAGGGAAUGAUGUCCUUUUUUUAAAAUGUUCAAACAGAGCGUGUUGGGGCUUAUUGAAUAUAAGGAUAUAAAUGUUUUCAGAGCAUUGAUUCUGAUGAAAUGUUAAGCCAAAUGUUGCUGUUUUCACAAACUGUUUUAUCGUCUCUGGUAGGGGAGAGGUUCACAGUGUUGUUUCUCCUCCUCCUCCUCCCUCAGUUCAUGGUGUUGUUUUUUAAUGUUUUUUUAAUCGUGCCUUGUUUCUUCAAUGCAGUCACAUCACUUCAAUGCCGUCACCUUAUGUACUUAAUUCAAAUGUAGUAGACUACAGGAGAAUCCUAACACAAGCCUCUCAGUUAAACAAAGACUGCAAAAACGACACUCCAACACACACUCGUUAACAGAUCCAGUGAUGGCAAUCUCCUCUGAUGCACAUUCUUUGCAUUCAGCUUUUAGUCACAGAUACUUGAUGUCACCAGUUUUUUCGGGGGGUAUUUCUUGACCAUCUGUAAAUAACAUCAGUCUUUGCCUGGUCAGCUUAGUGUUGGAUUAUCGUUUUCAUAGUUGUGUAUUUAAUGAUAAGCAACACAGAGCCAGACAGCACAGCACUGGAGUAGCUCUUCUCAAAGCCAACCAAACGUAUCAAAAGAAAGAUCGAGGCCAAGCUCUCUGAGUACGAGACGGGAUCGUUCAAUGUAACUUUCAACCAGUGCUAAGACCCCAAAGUGGGCUCACAUGUAAUCUAACAUGCACACACAACAUGCUUAAAUGACAGCUGGGUCAUACAGACACACACACACUCCUGCCUGUUGAGGUGUUAGUAGGUCAGAGAUAGGAAAAACCAGAGCUUUAAGUUCUGCCUUUAAUAUGUGUGCCUGUUUGUGUGUGUGUCCUGAAACAGACCCACCUGACCCUCCUCAUCAUUAGUGAACUGGUCCUGUGUAAUCAUUGCUCAUCACAGAUGCCUUUGUUGCAUGAAAAUCCUUUUUGUUGUUUGUUGUUGGUGGUGGUGAUGUAGUGUUGAUGAUGCUGUUGUACUUUUUAAUUUUUGGAAGCCAAAGGUUACUUUUGAAUAGUGUGCACAGAUAUUGAUUUUUACUUUGUAUAUGUUUCUGUUUUAAUACUUUUGUUUGUUUGUUUUUAGGGAAACAUGUUGGUUUACACCUGUAUCUGAAAAUAUAGAUUGCAUAUAUAAAUACAUAUAUCAUUCA